AUGCGAAUGCAGAAUAUACUCGAGUCGAAAAAUGUCAAGUUCACACCUGUAGAUAUUGCUGCGGACGAUGAAGCCAAAAAUAAAAUGAUUGCAGCUUUGAAGGCAGCCAACAAGGCCCCUCCUUAUCUUGCUCCACAGCUUUUCUACGGAGAUGAGUAUAUUGGGGGUUACGAUGAAUUUGAUGAGGCUAAUGAAAAUCUUUGUCUCGACUCGUUCCUUCGUCUCUGA